AUGUACCAUACGAAGACGAUUGAUGAUAUAUUAAAAGCUUUUGACGUGUCUCCAGAGGAAGGAUUAAGCAAUGAACAAGUUGAAAGUAAAUUAGAGAAAUUUGGAUUGAAUGAACUACCACGCGAUGAAGGCAAGUCACUGUGGAAACUUGUUUUAGAACAAUUUGAUGACUUAUUGGUGAAGAUAUUACUAGUCGCUGCUCUUAUAUCCUUCGUUUUGGCUUUGUUCGAGGAUGCGGAAGACUCUGCAACAGCUUUUGUCGAACCUUUUGUGAUCCUUUUGAUCCUUAUUCUAAAUGCGAUUGUUGGUGUUUGGCAGGAACGGGAUGCCGAAUCGGCAAUCGAAGCUCUUAGAGAGUAUGAAUCUGAUAUUGCCAAGGUCAUUCGACAAAACCACAAGGGUAUUCAGGUCAUAAAAGCAAAGUAUAUAGUUCCUGGGGACGUUGUUGAAGUAUCAGUUGGGGAUAAGGUUCCAGCGGACAUUCGGAUAAUUGAGAUAUGUAGCAGCAAUUUGCGUGUUGAUCAAUCGAUAUUGACUGGGGAAUCCGUGUCUGUUGUUAAAUUCACGGAGGCCAUUUCUGAUACUGGUGCCGUUAAUCAAGACAAGAAAAAUCUUUUGUUUAGCGGUACAAACAUAGCGUCAGGAAGAUGUCGUGGUAUUGUUGUGGCGACAGGUCUUAAUACCGAAAUUGGUAAAAUUCGGAAUCAAAUAAUGGAAACGGAUCAGGAAAAGACUCCACUUACUCAGAAGUUGGACGAAUUUGGCGAGCAGUUGUCGAAGGUCAUCACUGUUAUCUGUGUUGCUGUGUGGAUAAUCAACAUCGGUCACUUCAGUGAUCCUGCUCACGGCGGAUCUUGGCUUCGUGGUGCUAUUUACUACUUCAAGAUUGCUGUGGCCUUGGCUGUCGCGGCAAUACCUGAAGGUUUGCCUGCUGUGAUAACCACUUGUCUUGCCUUGGGUACCCGCCGCAUGGCCCGCAAAAAUGCCAUAGUACGCUCUCUGCCUUCAGUCGAGACUUUGGGUUGCACUAGCGUAAUUUGCUCCGAUAAGACUGGUACUCUCACCACUAAUCAAAUGACUGUUUGUCGGAUGUUUACCUUCGCUGACGCGAACUCCAUUCAAAAUGCGGCAGGAGAUCUGAAAGCCAGCGUUAGAUUUGAUGAAUACGAGGUCACUGGUUCUAAAUACGCUCCAGAAGGGGAAGUGCUGAAACUAGGCGAAAAGUAUGACUGUGCUUUGAAUCCGUGCUUGGUCGAGUUGGCCAACAUCUGUGCGCUAUGUAAUGACUCAUCACUCGAGUACAACACUGCGAGAAAAGCUUUUGAAAAGGUUGGCGAGGCCACUGAAGCGGCGCUCACCUGCCUAGUUGAGAAGAUGAAUGUUACUGGUGUGGACAAGUCGGGUUUGAGUAAGCGAGAACUGGCUAUGGCCUGCAACCAUGCCAUUACGAAUACGUUCAAGAAGGAAUUUACCAUGGAAUUCUCUCGUGAUCGUAAAUCCAUGUCCGUCUACGUCACAAAGCGGAGCGACAUCCUAGGCUCGGGAAAAUUGUUUGUUAAGGGUGCUCCAGAGUCCAUUCUCGAUCGUUGUACCCAGAUUCGAAGUCCAAACAAUACGCUCCCCUUAACUGUAGAAAUGAAGAAUGAAAUUCUCUCUAAGUUGGCUACCUAUGCCACUGGUCGAGAAACUAUGCGAUGCUUGGCUCUUGCAACUGUUGACGAACCACCACCUAUUUCCGAAUUUAAAUUGGAUGACACUUCCGCAUUCAGAGACUAUGAGACAAACAUGACUUUAAUCGGUGUUGUUGGAAUGCUUGAUCCUCCCCGGUCUGAGGUCGCGGAGAGUAUUAGAUUAUGUAAACGUGCCGGCAUAAGAGUUAUAGUAAUCACCGGUGAUAACAAGGCUACUGCUGAAUCCAUAUGCCGCAAGAUUGGCCUAUUUGAAGAGCAUGAGGAGAUUGAAGGGAAAUCCUUUACUGGACGUGAAUUUGACGAUCUCACCCCCAAGGAAAUGGCAGCUGCCGUUCGCAAGGCCAAGCUCUUUGCCCGCGUUGAGCCGGCACAUAAGAGCAAAAUUGUGGCAUUCCUUCAGGCUGACGGUGAAGUCUCGGCUAUGACUGGUGACGGAGUAAAUGAUGCACCCGCACUGAGGAAAGCUGAGAUUGGUAUUGCCAUGGGCAGUGGAACGGCUGUUGCCAAAUUGGCUUCGGAAAUGAUUCUCGCUGAUGACAAUUUCUCCACUAUUGUGGCUGCCGUUGAGGAGGGUCGUGCGAUUUACAACAACAUGAAGCAAUUCAUCCGCUACCUCAUCUCCUCCAAUAUUGGUGAAGUUGUCUGUAUUUUCCUGACUGCUGCCCUCGGUCUUCCUGAGGCUUUGGUCCCUGUACAACUGCUAUGGGUAAAUCUGGUAACUGACGGACUUCCGGCCACAGCACUAGGCUUCAAUCCACCUGACGUUGAUAUAAUGGAACGGCCUCCACGUAACUCUAAGGAGCCUCUCAUCAGUGGAUGGCUUUUCUUCCGCUACCUCGUCGUCGGUAGUUAUGUCGGUGCUGCAACUGUUGGUGCUUCUGCUUGGUGGUUUCUAUUCAAUCCCGCUGGUCCGCGCGUUUCUUACCAUCAACUGACUCACCACCUCAAAUGCUCAGUUGAUGAAGUUAACUUCAAAGGUGUUCCCUGUUCAGUUUUCUCCAGCUCAAAACCCAUGACUUUAGCACUUUCUGUUCUUGUUGUGAUCGAAAUGUUGAACGCUCUUAACAGCCUUUCAGAAAAUCAAUCGCUUGUCGUGAUGCCGCCGUGGAGGAAUAUAUGGCUCCUUAUUGCAAUUGCAUUCAGCAUAGUUCAACACUUUACCAUCCUUAAUGUUCCUAUCUUGGCAAAUGUUUUUCAAAUAUCCCCUCUCAGUCUGGCCGAAUGGGCGAUGGUUUUGAAGAUAUCUUUCCCUGUGCUUUUGCUUGAUGAAACUAUGAAAAUGCUAGCCCGGUGUGUGCGAGACGGUCACUCGUUGACAUUGGAGGGAUCAAUUGUUACAUUCACCUGGGCGUUAUAUCUGGGUGGUAUUCUCUAUUCUCCGUUGUAA